AUGCCGUCCACCGGAAAAAGGUGCAGCCCUCGCGGCGCUUGCGUUCCUGCGGUCACCAAGGGGUCUCUUCGCCUUACUGCCAUCGAGGGCCCUCUGGACCCUCAAACGCUGCGAAACGUGCCGUCGGCCACAGCAAGAAGGGGGCAGCCGACAGCAACGAGGUGGCCGACCUCCGACGCCGCUCUCCACAGGCCGCCGCCGCCACGCCCGCUACAACCCCCGUCGCCAACGCUCCCCGCCGCCGCCGACGGCUUCGCCUUUGACGGCACCUCGAUGCGCCCCUGCUCGACGACGACGACGAAGAGCACGACCAUCUGCCCGGUCCAGACGACGGCACGGCGGCGGCGCGCAGCUCUCGUGCUCCCGACAGAGGUGCUCAAGGCCAAGUGCGCCGACGACAUGUGGUGCGCCAAGAAGCCGGGCCACUGCAAGGUGCUCAACAACAAGCUCGACACGUCGGGCGUCGUCGUCGCCAUCAUCUCUCGGGGGCCCAUUGUCGUCGCGGCCCUCGGCAUGUGCGUGCUCCUGCUGGCGCGACAGCAAGCGGCAGAAGGGCAUCCGGGCGCGGGCCGAGGCCGCGGCGCUGGCGGCCAGGGAGCGGGAGAAGAAGCGCGCGGCGGCCGACGAGGCCAUGGGCGCGGCGCGGAACGGCGGUGA